GUUUGUGUUGCAUGUUGUUUGUUUACAAUUAAGAUUCCAAUGAAGUAGAAGACUGUAUAAGUUUAUAUAAUUGGAUAUUGGUAUAAAGAAUAAAACAAUGCAUAAUGCAAUUGAGGUUUGGAAGCAAUGUAUCCAUUGUAAUAUUCUUGUCAGUUUUCAAGACUUUGGCAUCCAUCAACAAAUUUGCGGUGGUGCCACUAACUCAAAUAGCACUUCACAUCUGCCACACGGAUAUAUUUGGAAAGGAGUAUUUUAUGCAACCACACAUGAACUAGAUGAAAAUGAAAAUAUAUUACUCCCAAGCUUCAGAAACACCUUGCUGCUAAUGCAUCCUUCGACAAUGAAGAUUAUGAAUUUCAUCAAAGGAGAUUCUGUACUGUUGUGUACCAAAAAUGGUCAGAUUAUUUUGAAAUGUUGGCCCUGUGUAGAAGUUCAAGCAUCUUCUGUGUUCAUUCCAGCUGCCUUUCUUUUCCAUUGUUCUGUAAAGAGUCAUUUUGCAAUUAUACCAUAUACAGAUUAUAUAAAUGUAGCAGUAAAUGUUACUUGUAGUCUUCAUAAUCCUCAAGCAUAUUUGAAAUCUCAAAAAGUGAAAGAUUUCAUUAAAAAGGAGCUGGCUCACAUAUAUAUUACAGAGGGAAUGAAUUUGAAUUUUCGUUUCUUGGGCUAUCCAUUUUCCAUUACUAUUGAUGCAAUAGAAAGUUCUGCCAUAAGCUCUGAAAAUAUGAAAGCUCCUGAAAGAAAGAAAUCUAAAAAGACUUUAGAUGAUAUUUGUAUGAGGUUAAAAUAUCUGAAUUUGAAUGAAAGCAAUAGUUCCAGUGUAGAAGAUUCUAUCAAUGAAAGUCACAGUACUAGCUUUUCAGCACUUUCCAGGAAGUCUUUUCAGUGCUCAACGCCAAAAUCUUCAAAGCCUGGAGUAUUAAACAAAUCAUCUGUUGCUGAACAUUUUCGAUCAGUUUCAAAUGUGGAUAAAUGUUCUGUUCUUGUGUCACAGUAUUUUUCAAUUAAUAAGCAUACAAAUUUUCAUGUUGAUUUAAAAAAAUGUAAUGAAUAUGAAACUUUCUCAAGUAGCACUAAAUUUGAAAAUUUGCAUGGUUUAGAAAAGCAAAUUUCUGAGAUCAAGGUCUGCAUCAACUCAAUUAUACAUGCAAAUCCUGAAGAGCAUGUAAGAGGUUUAUUGCUACUAGGCCCAAGUGGUACUGGGAAAAGCUCUGUUGCAGAAGCUAUUCAAAUGGAAUAUAAGAUACCUAUUUUUGUCAUAAAACAUAGCAGUGAAGGGGGAUUUAAAAGUAAAUUGAGAAAGAUAUUUAGUCAAGCUGCAAAAGAAUGUCCAUGUCUGUUAUUUAUAGAUGAUAUUGAUUCUUUGCUUUUUGACCAAUCUGUGUUAUCCCAAAAUGAAGAUGUUGCUUAUAAUGAGCUUUGUGCUAUGCUCAGUAAUUUUCUGAUACUUAUUGAUAUAAUUGGAAGAUCUAAACAUGACUUGAGCCCAGAAGAGAUUUUAAAAUUAUCGCAUUUGACUCGUGGUUUCACUGGUCAAGAUCUGAAACGAUUAUAUAGUGAAGUUCAAGAAUUUGCAUGGGAGAGAAGAAAUAUCACAAGUUCGAUUGUGCCUUCUUUAAACUUUAUGGAUUUUAAGGAAAGUUUAAAACAUAUAAAGCCUAUUUCUGUUGCAGAAUUUAAUUUUGAAAUACCAGAUGUCAAGUGGACUGACAUUGGUGGUAUGCAUGAUGUUAAAAAUGCUGUUACUGAAAUGAUAGACUGGCCUCUCCGCUUUGCAGAACAGUUUAAGCAAUUCAAAAUUGUUCCAUGCAGAGGUAUACUGAUGUAUGGUCCACCUGGCUGUUCCAAAACUAUGAUUGCAAAAGCAUUAGCAUCAGAGGGACACCUUAAUUUCAUUCCAAUUAAGGGUCCACAGAUUUUCAACAAAUAUGUUGGAGAAUCUGAAAAGUGUGUCUCAGAAUUAUUUAAGAAAGCUCGAUCUGCUGCACCUUGUGUUAUAUUUUUUGAUGAAAUUGAUUCAAUUUCAUCUGUUAGAGGCAGUACUUCAGGCAGUUCCAAUGUGGCUGACAGAGUAUUAAUUCAGUUGCUGAUUGAAAUUGAUGGCAUUGAUGUACUUCAAGGCGUUAGCAUAAUUGCUGCUACUAACAGGCCAGAUAUUAUUGAUCCUAGUUUGCUGAGGCGUUUUGAUCAACUUUAUGUUCCUCUUCCUGAUGAUGCCACUAGGAAGGAAAUUAUUGAUGCAAAACUCAAGAAAAUGCCACUUUCAUCAGAUGUUGAUAUAUCGUACUUGGUCAAAGCAACUGAAAACUACUCUGGAGCUGAAAUUGUGGAAUUAUGUCACGAAGCUGGUAUGUCUCUACUUAAGGAGGAUAUAACUUCUUCAACUUCACAAGUUACUAUGAAGCAUUUUCAUGAAGCUCUGAACUGUGUUUUACCAAAGACAACUAAAGAAAUGAUUGAAUUUUAUGAAAAUUAUAAAAAUAAAGCUUAUGUAUAAUAUAGAUUAUAGCAAUAAAUAUUUUUAUAAUAUGCA